CGUCAACAUUUUGUUGACGUGGCGUGAGCGGUAGCUGUUGAACGGUAGCUAGCAACCAAGAAAAAAGCAAGACUGAGGCCGAAGAUAAUCUCGUGGAAAUAUGGAUAUAAUCCCGUUCAAUUGACUGGUCGUGGCUUGCAUUUUCAGUACAGUGAAGGGGAAAAUGUCCAGUAUAAGCCCGCACUAUGGUUUCCAGUCAGCCAGCAUGGUGCAGCCUGCUAAUGGCGGUCAUGCCUAUCUGUUUGGAAACAACGGCUCAGAGAAUGACCUGUCGGAGGAGGACGGGGAGAGCAACGAGCUGCGGCCACGCGGCAGAGAGAGGCUGCGGAGAAGCACCUCCAGAGAGAAGAUGGACGAUAUUAUCUACCUGACCAGAGAUAUCCAGGAGGGGGACACCCUGAUCAGCGUUUCCCUGCAGUACCAUUGCUCGGUGGCUGAUAUUAAGCGUGCCAACAAUCUCUUGACAGAGCAGGACUUCUUUGCCCUGCGGUCAGUCAAGAUUCCCGUGAGGCGCUUCAGUGUCCUUACUGAGACUCACAGCACCGGACCUCUUAAAUCUGCUUCCCCUUCAGGUGCCAGGCGCCACCCCCAGAUCUCACCCGUGACCUCCCUUCCCUACGAGUCCUCCACAGACUCUUCCUCGUCCACCGACAACGUGGAAGGAUUUCUCAUGGAGAAGGACAAGGACAUUGAGCGGCUGGUGAAAUCCACAGGUCCGUCUCGGAGCAGUCUGAACGAGGUUGUGUCCUCCUUAACGCUACAGCAGCCGCUGCUAGGAGAGUACAAACCCGUCCAGAAGAAGGACCCGUAUUAUGGGGCCGACUGGGGCAUGAGAUGGUGGACGGCUGUGGCCAUUAUGCUGGUUGUUGGCAUCGUCACGCCUGUUUUUUAUCUGCUGUACUAUGAGGUUCUCGUUAAAGCAGACGUCAGCCAUCAUGGUAAUCCUACACAACCUCAUGACAACAGGCCUCAUGGACCCCUCCAAGGCAAUCAUUUACACCACUCUUUUGAAGACAAUAAGGCAAGUGAUGGACCCAGACACAACGAUGGUAACGUGGUUGAUGGAGAUCCACAGGGACAUAUGAACAAAGCAGCUGACGGUCAACACAAAGGGCAUGAGAAAACAUAAAAGGGAUGAGAACCUUUCAAAUGUGCUGGUAACUCAGAGACCUAAAACCAUUGUGGAUGUUAAUUUUGUUUUUUAUAGACCUACUACGACGCGAUCCAUCUGACAAGUCACUUUGUAGCGGGGGAAUUCAUUUUGAUAUGGUUGAGAAAUGAGGAAUAAAUAAAUGUCGUUCCUUGUCUGUCCAUUUAAGUUUUCAUCUAGGAGUAACAAUGAGCUAAAAAUGAUAUGCUUUGCUCAACGCCGAUGUAUCCAUCUAUUGGAAAAUGUUAACUAAACUGGCAACAUUGAUGUUAUCAUAUGCUGCCACAUUCUCAGCAAGUUGCACACAAACUAUAUCCAGGGAUUUGAAAAAGACUUACUGCAACACUAACCUACUGGAUUUGGCUUUAUUGAAGCUCACUCAACAGCUAACAAGGCAAAAUCUUAUUUUCAUGGGGGGAGUAGGAUUGCUGUCAUGUAGUCUAAUCUAGUAUUACAUUUAUUUCAACAUUCAUUAAGAUAUGUAUGCUAUCAGUAUUGAAAGGUACUAGUUGAAUUGUGUUUUAUAAAAAGGUUGCUUGAAUGUUUCUUGCCCUUUGGCUUUCCUAAAGACACCGUCUUUUCUACUUUAUUUCAAAGCACGGUGAGGGAAAUGGGAAAAGCACAAUACUCCCACAACUACUCAUUUUUGGUAAUGAUGUGAGAUACUUUGUCAUAUACUCCUUUUAUUUUAAUGUUUUGUCAACGUUGAACAACGGAAGAAAGCAUGUGUUAACUGUAUGUGCCUUUCAGCCUGUGGAAUUGUGACACAGGCUGUAAAAUAAAUACAUCUAUUUUGAAUAAAUUAUUGCCAGUG